AUGCUUAAUGGUACAACAAACUCAAAUAACUUUUUUUUUUCGAAAAAACGAAGUCAACCACGUAAUGGUUUAGAUGCAAUGGAUGGUGAUAUUGUAUUAAUUUCAACUGAAAAACUUUCUAACGAUCCAAAUGCUUCAGGUCGUAGAAGUUCGAGUAAUUCAUCAUCAAUUAGUAAUGAUACAAUGCAAACUUUGUCGGAUGAAUCAUUUAAUCGAGAUAGAAGAAAUACUUCAGCUGCUAUAGCUACUGCAGGAGGAAAUUUAUUGUCGAGUUUUAAACGUAUAUUUGGUGCAGGAGGAACAAGUCCAACAAGUGAUAGACUCUAUCGAACAUCAGCAUUAUAUGUAUCAAGUUCUAUUCCAACACAUGAACUUUAUCAUUGGGAUUGUACUGAACUAGAAGUAUAUACUCUUUUAUUUCAACCAUCAGGGUCACUCUUAGCUACAGGAUGUAGUGAUAAAAUGGUUCAUUUAUGGGAACUUCCAUCCCUAGGUCAACCAUAUAAAUAUUGUUCACUUUAUGGUAGUCAUGGAGCAAUCAAUGCACUUGAUUUUGACAAUGAAGGAGCUCGUCUAUUGGCUGGUUGUUCAGGUGACAAAGCAUAUAUUUGGUCAUAUAGUGAUCAUCGAACACUUAGAGAUACAUUUACUGGUCAUAAAGGUCUUAUAUAUACUUGUAAAUUUAUUUCGGGAACAAAAUUAGUAACAGGUAGUGCUGAUCGAUUAAUUAGAAUAUGGGAUUUACAAAGUCGACAAUGUACACGAACUUUAUUUGCUGGAUCAAAAUGUCAUGAUUUAGUUGUCAUAGAUGCAGCUGGUACAAUUAUAAGUGGACAUUUUGAUAGAAAAAUUCGUAUAUGGGAUGCAUUUACUGAUAAAUGUCGAACUGAACUACAAUAUGAUUCAUUAAUUACAUCAUUAUCUUACAAUGCUGAAAAACAUCAAUUAUUAGCAUGUUUUCGAGAUGAUACACUUAAAUUAAUUGAUUUAAGACAACAGAAUGUUCUAUAUUCAUUUAGUCAUGAUGAUUUUCAAGUGAGUACAGAUACAAAUAAAGCUACAUUAUCACCCGAUGGUCAUUAUGCAUGUGCUGGUUCUCAAGAUGGAUCUUUAUUUAUAUGGAAUACGACAAAUGGAGUUUGUGAAAGAGUCUUAAAUAAAAAACAUUCAACGAUGGUUACGGCCGUAGCAUGGCAUCCUGAAGGAAAAUAUGUUGCAUCUUCUGAAAAACAUCGACGAGUAAUUCUUUGGACUGAUUAA